UUCGCAGCCCGGGUUUCACCUCCGAGCUGGCGGCGUCGGGAACCCCGAGGAACCGCUGCUGCUUCUUCCACAACCACCUCCUCCUCCUCUUCCUCCUCCUCCCGUUCCGUAGGACCGGCCGGGAGCGCGGGGUAUGGAGGAAGAGAAGCAGCAGAGGAAGAGGAGGGUGGAGGGGAGCAGCAACCGGCGGCGGCCCCCCCGGGGCUGAGCCAUGAGAGUUCACCGAGACCUCAGCUGGCUGGCGGAGGCCACCGGACGCCCAGGGCGGCGGGCGAGGAGCGGGAUGCUGGACGCCAUGGAGGUGCCGAGCCACUCGCGGCAGCUGCUGCUGCAGCUGAACACGCAGCGCACCAAGGGCUUCCUGUGCGACGUGAUCAUCGUGGUGCAGAACGCGCUUUUCCGCGCGCACAAGAACAUCCUGGCCGCCAGCAGCGCCUACCUCAAGUCGCUGGUGGUCCACGACAACCUGCUCAACCUGGACCAUGAGAUGGUGAGCCCCGGCAUCUUCCGCCUCAUCCUCGACUUCAUCUACACCGGCCGCCUGGCCGAGUGCGAGCCGGGCAGCGAGCAGAGCCUGGGUGCUGUGCUGGCUGCCGCCAGCUACCUCCAGAUCCCCGGCUUGGUGGCCCUGUGCAAGAAGAAGCUGAAGCGCAGCGGCAAGUACUGCCACCUGCGCGGGGGCUACGCGCCCUACAAGCUGGGCCGCGGGCUGCGGGCCGCCACGCCGGUCAUCCAGGCUUGCUACUCGGGGACGCCGCGGCCCGUGGACCUGCCUCCCGUGGAGCCGGCGGCGCCUCUCAACACGCAGUGCGGGGAGCUGUACGCCUCGGCCGCCCAGGGCGCCCCGCUGCACCCCCACGGGCUGUGCCCGCCCGAGCGCCACUGCUCGCCGCCCUGCGGCCUCGACCUCUCCAAGAAGAGCCCCACCGGCCCCUCCGCCCAGCUCCUGCCCACCGACCGCCUGCUGCCCAGCGAGCCCCGCGAGCCCUCGCUGCCCCCACGGCACGACAGCCCCCCGGUCAGCGCCGGCCUCCUGGGCAGCCACGCCGCUGCCUACAAGGACUCCCCGCCGGGCGCCGAGCCGGGGGGACACCCCCACGCCCCCGACCCGUUCCGCAGCACGCCGCCCUGCGCCGAGCCCCCGCUGCCCCGCGCCGACGGGCGAGAGCUGAUGUACCGCUGGAUGAAGCACGAGCCCCUGGGCCCCUACCUGGACGAGGGGGAGGCGGAGAAGGAGCUGGAGCGGGAGGAGAAGGCCGAAUCACCGCCUGCGGCACCGCAGCCCCGCUACCCCAGCGUGGAGAGCAACGACCUGGAGCCUGACAACAGCACGAGCGAGGAGACGGGCAGCAGCGAGGGCCCCUCGCCUGGAGACGCGCUGGACCGAUACUGCAACCACCUGGGCUACGAGCCGGAGAGCCUGGGUGACAACCUGUACGUCUGCAUCCCCUGCGGCAAGGGCUUCCCCAGCUCCGAGCAGCUGAACGCCCACGUGGAGGCCCACAACGAAGAGGAGCUCUAUCACAAGGCGGCGGCCGAGCAGGCCGUGCCCUUCCUGGACAAAGGUGGCCCGGGGCUGGGUGACAUCUUGCGGCCUUACCGCUGCUCCUCCUGCGACAAGUCCUACAAGGACCCGGCCACGCUGCGGCAGCACGAGAAGACGCACUGGCUGACGCGCCCCUACCCCUGCACCAUCUGCGGCAAGAAGUUCACGCAGCGCGGCACCAUGACCCGCCACAUGCGCAGCCACCUCGGCCUGAAGCCCUUCGCCUGCGACGCCUGCGGGAUGCGCUUCACCCGCCAGUACCGCCUGACCGAGCACAUGCGCAUCCACUCGGGCGAGAAGCCCUACGAGUGCCAGGUGUGCGGCGGCAAGUUCGCCCAGCAGCGCAACCUCAUCAGCCACAUGAAGAUGCACGCGGCCGGCCCCGACGGCAAAGCCAAGCUGGACUUCCCCGACAGCGUCUACGCCAUGGCCCGGCUCACCGCCGACCAGCUGGGGCUCAAGCAGGAGAAGGCGGCCGAGCUGCUGUCCCACACCUCGCACUUCCUCAGCGACCCCAAGGCCAUGGAGAGCCUCUACCCCCUGGCCAAGUUCACGGCCGAGCACCUGGGGCUGAGCCAGGACAAGGCGGCCGAGGUGCUGGCGCAGGCUCCGCACCUGCACACCGAGGCCGCCCGGACCAUAGAGCGAUACUCGCCCCCCUAGCACCGGCCUGACC